AAAGAAGGGGCGAAUGUAGAAGUCAAUUGCUUUCGGUUUUGGGCCCCGGAAGAAGAUCGAUCCAACUAAAUUAAUGCUCUUAAUCGCUGUACAUAGGAAUAGAAUAAAUUAAGCAACAGUUCUAAUCUUUCUCAAACCCAUCGUUCAUCCGCAAAUUAUCAUGCAAACGUGCAGUAAAAUAUUCAUAAUAAUAUCUCUAAUCCCGUUUAACAGUACUGCGGCUAAUUAAUGAAAGUCGUCCUAUAAUAAAUAAUAGUAAUUCUCGUAUGAUCUCUAUAAAUCCUGUCCAGUUAGAACCAAAAACGAAAACCAGAUCUUCAAUUCUCUCCUCUUAUAUAAUAAGCAGUCAGUGCCAGUGUUGCUAAUAAAUAUUGUCCUUUUAUAACUUUCUGCAGUGUACCACUCAAUCUGCCUUGUGUCUUUCUGCAGCUUAAAAGAAAAAGAAGAACAAGAAGACCAAGAAGUCCGGGCAACUCUCAUGCAAAGAGCUUCUGCAACUUCCACGUCCUUUCUUCCACUGAUAUUCUGCAGCUUCUGCUACUACUAAUUUUCAUAGGUUUUACAACUGAUCAGUCCAGACGAGUGGUUCCAUCAUUUCAUGGCUCAGCUGGUUAUGAUGAUAUGGGCUUAUACUCUCUGUUUCUCUUGUGCUCUGUUUUUAUCAUUAUCAGUCGGAUCUUCCAGUAAUUCUGCCAACACCGCCUCGACCCAACAGCUACCUAAUGGUUUCAAGGUCUCUGCAAAUCCGAAAGUCUCUUCUUUUCAGCCUCUCAUCACUGAUUCCGAUGGUAAUUACUCUCUGGGUUUCCUUCGAUUCAACCAAAAUCAGCUCAAUCUUGCGGUAAUCCAUGCUGCAUCAUCCGAGACUAUAUGGCUCGCAAACAUGACCCCGUUGCCGAGGUGGUCUGAUCACACCCAGCUCACCUUCAAUGGCGGUCUGGCCGUCUCCGAUUCAGGCUCGUCGGCGGUGUUCUGGUCGACUCCCGCCGUAAAUGGAGCCAGAGUCUUCCUCUCCAACGAUUCCAACCUCCAAAUCCAAGCUUCCGACGGUUCGGUUCUAUGGCAGAGUUUCGAUAACCCAUCAGAUACUCUGGUCGAGAAUCAGAAUUUCACUAGUGCCAUGGCGCUUGUUUCUGCCAACGGGAUUUAUUCCAUGCGGUUGGGGCCGGAUUUCAUGGGUUUGUACGCCGUACUCAAGUCGGGUACGAAUCCGGGUCAGAUGUACUUCAAAAACAGGGCAUUACAAGUCAAAGCGACCAUCGUUCCGGGCCGGCCAAUCUACCUAGUCCUCCAGUCCGACGGGUUUCUGGGUAUGUACCAGAACGGAACCCGCCCCGUCGAUCUCCAGCCUUUCAACAGUUACCAGCAACCGGUGUCGGGUGUCAGGCGGCUCCGAAUGGAAUCGGACGGGAAUCUAAACGGGUAUUUCUGGGACGGGUCAAAUUGGAUACUGGAUUACCAGGCAGUUAAAAACAACUGCGAAUUACCCAGCUCUUGUGGCCCAUACGGCCUCUGCGAAUCCGGUAAAGGAUGUUCUUGUUUAAACAACCAAUCCAAGUCGGAUUCCGGCCGGUGCGUCUCUCCCGGAAACCACAAUCUGGUCGACUUCUGCAGCGUCUACGGCAGCAAAUACAAACCCUUAAGAUACAACGGCGUCGAUUUGCCGUACAAGGAACUAAUGGGGUACCAACAAAUGGAGAAUUACGAGCAAUGCGAGAGCGGGUGCCGGCAGAACUGCACGUGCUGGGGAAUCGUGUACAGCAACGCGUCCGGGUUCUGUUACAUUAUCGAUUACCCGAUCCAGAGCCUGGUGACGGUGUCGGAUGAGUCGAAGAUGGGUUUUUUUAAGGUGAGUGAAGGUGUAGGGAAGAGUAAGAUGGAUAUCGGGUUGGGAGUCGGGGUUGGAGUGGUUUGCGUGGCGGUUGUGGUAUUUGGUGGGCUGGUGGGUUUGGCUUGGUAUAGGUUCAAGAAGAAUGGGACAAAAAGAGGGGUUAAUGGUUAUGUCAAAGAAGACGGUGUAGUUGGUGUUGGACCAUACAAGGAUUUAGGAACCGCCAGUUUCAGGUCAAUCGAGUUAUCAGCAGAAAGAUGAGAAGAAAAAAAGAGAAGAGGAGAAUUAAUGAAUGAUGGCGUCAGGGAUGAUGAAAAAUGGUUCGUGGAAAAGUUUCUUUUUUUUUAAAAUCUGGAUUGGAGAUUGAGCCUUAUCGAAGACUGCUGAAAUGCUUUUUUUUUUUUUAAUGGAAAAACAUUAUUUUAAUGAGGGAGAUGGGGACAGGCAGAUGGAAAUCGGAAUAGAGGUCAUCAUCAUGAUUCAUGGGAGCUCUAGAGACUGAAGCGUGGUUGAUAAAGGCCAUAAUGAUUCUUCCCAGCUGCACAAGUUGGGAAAAAGAACGGGAAGAAAGAUGCAGGAAUACUGAAAAUGGAUAAGAACCCGGAAAGGGACAAACAACCGCCAACAAACUAUAAACAACAGCAUAUGGGUUUUCUUUCUUCCAUGCGGCAGCGUUUGAUUGAUCAUCCGUCCAUUCCCUUUGAAGCAAAGUGGAAUAUGAACCUUCCCUCUCUUUUUUCUUUUUCCUUUUUGUGAAUGUAAUACUACUGAUCAACUAUAUGAUACUGUACUGUUGGCUUCUUUUGAUUCAAUGAGGUAAAUGAGACACAUCCAACAAAACAAUGACAACAUUUUUAACAAUUUUUUUUAAUUGAACAGUAAUAAAAAAAAACUUUGAAUUGAG